AUGCUCGUGAGCAUUAAUCCGAAGUAUACUAAAAUAACAGACGAUCCUUUUCCGGCAGUUACCAUUUGCAAUCUUAAUCAAGCGUAUAAAGCAAAGGCUCAGCAAUUUUCAAUCGAUUCGUACGAAUAUACCAAAACACAAAUGCUCUGCAAGCGCGAUGUUAAUAUGACUGUAGUUGACGCAAUUAAGGAUUGGAGUGAUUUGAGAGAUUUUAUUAGCGAAAUCUCACAGCCCUGCAGUAAGAUGUUACUGAAAUGUAAAUACGCUGGAGUAAUCUUUAACUGUACAGAGCUUUUUCGUCCCCUUAUCACUGACAAUGGACUUUGCUGCACCUUCAAUAUGAUAGAUCCGAAGUUCAUGUUCCGGGAUUUUAACAGCAAAACGUCUUUGAAUUAUAACUAUCCCGAAGGAUACGUGCCAGUUGAUUGGAGUUCAGAGGCAGGCUAUCCCAACGAUUUGCCCGAAAAAUUCAUACCAAUGAAAAGUGUAGGCACAGGCGAAAGUGUAGGACUCAGCCUAAUACUGGAUGUUGAAAGCGAGGAAUAUUACUGUUCAGCGUCAGAUAGCAUUGGUUUUAAAAUCCUACUACACAAUCCACUCGAAGUGCCGAACAUGCACGAAAUUGGUCUUUUACUUUCGCCUGGACUAGAGACGAAAAUUCGCAUACAACCCGAAAAAGUCGAGUCGGAAAAGUACCUUCGUUACAUCAGCAAAAAUGCGCGAAAAUGCUUAUUCGAAAACGAAAAGCGUUUGAAAAUGUAUAUUGAGUAUACACAACGCAAUUGUGGCAUCGAAUGUAGUGCCGCCGAAAUAUUAGAAAAUUGUGGCUGUCUGCCACAUCACGUGCCAAAGUUUUCUGGCAAUGAAACCACAUGUAGCAUGAGUGCGUCCAAUUGUGUUGAGAGGACUCGAUUAGAAACAAUGCUAAUAGACAACAGUAGAAGAGAUUGCUCCGAUGUUUGCCUACCAUCUUGCAACGAUCUCACCUAUAUGCCAACAUUCUUCUCUGCUCCCUUAAUUCAUUCUGGCUUUCAAAAUGAUGAAAUCAAAACAAAUAUUAGCAAUACUUAUUUGGAGAAAAAUAUUGCUGUGGUGAAUAUUUACUUUAAAGACACUAUCUACAGAAGCCAGAAAAAUUCAGAUUUUAUUGGAAUAACAGAUUUUUUAUCAAACAUUGGCGGCAUAAUAAGCCUCUUCUUCGGCUUCAGCUUUAUCUCCUUAGCUGAGAUGAUAUUUUUCGCGUUUUUAAAACCGCUUCGAGUUCUUUUUACUCAACUGAAAUGGGGAAUUGCUAAGUCGGCGAAAUUCCAAAAACUAAAGUCAAUUCAACCUUUACUCAAGAAGGAUUCGAUGGGUUUAUAUGGUAGUUUGGAGCGAAAUCCUUUCGUUACUCAAAACACCAUUCAAAAGGGCCAAGCUUGGCAAGUGGUGUUAGGAAAACAACGUAUGCUUGGGUACGGACGCAAAACUCCAGAGCCGUGGCAACCAGGAAUGGAGUACACCCCGUAG